UACCCAAGGAAUUGUUAACAAGUGCCAUGACUACUUUGGCAAUGAAUUCAAGCUCUGAGUGUGUUCAUAUUGCUGAUGAAGAAAGAAGCAGAGUUAAGCUUUCUUCACAAAAUGUUGCUGGAUAAAACAUAUCUGAGAUGGUGCUUGGCUUGACUUCUGCCAUUGCUUCCUUCCCUCUUUUAGCAGCUGACAUAUCUGCCAAUAGGGCACUCCAUAAGCAUUUCCCAAAGGGGAGAAGUUCCUUGGAGUCUGCAUGGGGUUUCUUAUUCUCUGGUUUUUGCUUUAAAGGUGUGGGGCUGUAGGGUGCACCCAGAUUGGGAAUUACUGGGGCUGGAAGAGAGCCUGAAGGCAGACCUUUGUGUGCUGGUAAUCUGCAGUUUUGCUCACUGAUCAUAGGAUCGUGGAAGACAAGCUGACAAUUUAAUGGGGCGUGAUGCGCGAAUACAAGCAUCUGCGUGGCUGCGUUUAAUCCAUUAAAGGAGAGAAAAGAAACGGUGGUUAUCAGCAUUCACGAGGCAAGGCUUGGGCUUAGUGCGUGCAAAGCCUUGGAGGGAGACCGGAGGAGUGCUCCCACUGCUGCAGAAAGCUUCUGACAGGCGCAGCAUCGCUGGAAGUACGGCUGUGAUUGUGAGAGCUGCCUUUGUUCGGUCCUUGGAGCCUCCAGCGAGGGAUGAUGGGCGCACAUCGGCGCGGAUGCUGAAAUCCAUCUCCCUGAUCUAGUGUGGGAAAAGAAUGCGUGGAGGUGGUGGUUAUUUUUGAAUCCAGGAAAUCGGAGAAGGAAAUCACUUUAAAUCACUAACCCCUCAAUUUUGGAAGUUGAAAAUACCCGAGCUGCAUUAGAACUCGGAGAAUCCCCUUUGCUUAAGGAUGAAAGUAGUUGAAGAUGUGAAUGGUGAGGGAUGGGUGAAAUUAAGCAGCAGCACCAUUGAUGGCAAUCUGCAAAGCUUUAAUGUGUUAAUGCAGCUGGGUGUUAUGCAUAUUUAACAGCAGCUUGGUUUGAAUCCUGGAGAAGGACAGAGGUGUUCUGAUUCGUGUGGUGAUGCUUCUCUCCUGUGAUUUUUAGCUGUGUGAACUCCAGACUGGUUGUGGGGCUGUUCCAUUGGGAAUCCUCUCGUUGCUGUGGGCACGGUGGUGGUUUUUCCAUCUGAACGGUGAAGGUUUGUGGUGAUGCUGUGAUGGCUGCUCAGCCUCUCAUUGGUGGUGAGAGCGUGGAAUGGCACAGUCCUGGAUGUGCAACACAGUGUGGGGGACAAGAGGAAAGUCUCCUCCGCUGGAGGCUUUAAAGGCAAGGCUGGAUCAGGCCCCGGGCAGCCUGAUGUAGCUGUGCUGUCUGUGUGCAUUGCAGCGAGUUGGACUGGAUGGCCUUCAGAGGUCCAUUCCAACUGCAAGGAUUUUAUGGUUCUAAGUGGCUGAGUGAUGCCUGCAGAGAGGGGCCUUGGGGUAAACUCAGCAGGGAGGAAGUUAAGAAGGGUUCUGCACCUGAUGGUGGUGCGUACAGCCCUGCACUGCUGGAGCUCAGGGAGCAUUGGGGCACUGCUGUUGGGACAGCUGAGUUUACCUUGGUUUAAUUCCUAGAUUGCCCUGCGUGGAGUCAAGAAUUGGAUUUGGCAUUCCUCAUGGGUCCAUUCCAACACAGGGUAUUCUGUGAUUAUUUCUUUUUAAAUUUGAUCAAGCGUUGGAAUGGACUGCUUAGGGAAGUGCUGGAGUCCCCAUCCCUGGCGAUAUUCGGGAGCCGUGGCACCAAGGGAUGGGUGGCUGGACUCAGAACAUCCAACUGUGCAUCAAGCUCAGAAAUAAAACCCCCCAAUUAUCCAUUAAGCAAGCAAACGAAAGCAAGAAAUGCAAUGGUUGGACUCGAGGACCUCGAAGGUCUUUCCCAACCUCGUGGUUGUGUCAGUAGUUCCAGCACCAAGCCCGCUCGGCUGCGCUCCCUGAACGCCUCUCCCUUUGUUUUGCAGGUAUGGUGUGAAUAUGCGUUGCUUGGCAGCUCGGGUCAACUACAAGACUCUGAUCAUCAUCUGCGCUCUCUUCACGCUGGUGACGGUGCUGCUGUGGAACAGAUGCUCCUCGGAUGGGGCCGGCCCAUUCCCCCGCAGCCCCGGUGGCCCUGAGCGCCGCGCGGCCGCUGCCAGCAGUGGCCCCGCACGGGAUGUGGCCAAGCAGAGCGAGGAAGCAUCGCCCCAGGAACAGCAGAAGGCUCCUCCGGUCGUGGGAGGCUUCAACAAAGCCCCGGGGCUGAAGUAUGAAGAGAUAGACUGUCUGAUCAACGACGAGCACACCAUCAAAGGGAGGAGGGAAGGCAGCGAGGUCUUCCUGCCGUUCAGCUGGGUAGAGAAAUACUUUGAGGUUUAUGGGAAAAUUGCUCAGUACGAUGGUUAUGACAGGUUUGAAUUCUCUCAUAGCUACUCCAAAGUAUACACACAGAGAGCACCUUACCACCCGGAUGGGGUCUUUAUGUCCUUCGAGGGCUACAACGUAGAGGUUCGAGACAGAGUGAAGUGCAUAAGUGGUGUUGAAGGUGUGCCCUUAUCCACCCAGUGGGGGCCUCAGGGCUACUUCUAUCCCAUCCAGAUCGCACAGUACGGGUUGAGUCACUACAGCAAAAACCUGACGGAGAAACCCCCGCACAUCGAGGUGUACGAAACGGCUGAGGAGAAGGACAGGGGCAGCAGGGCAGCCGAGUGGACCGUGCCCAAGGGCUGCUCCCUUUCCACAGUGCCCGAUAAAGCCAAGUUCACCAGUGUUAAACACUUUGUUGCUCCAGAGAACACCGAGGGGGUUUCCCUGCAGCUCGGGAACACCAGAGAUUUCAUUAUUUCUUUCGAUCUCAAGUUCGUAACCAACGGGAGCAUUUCUGUGGUGCUGGAGACCACAGAGAAGAACCAGCUCUUCACGGUGCACUACGUCUCCAACACACAGCUCAUCGCCUUCAGGGAGCGCGACAUCUUCUACGGCAUCGGGGCCCGCACCGCCUGGAGCACCGUCACGCGGGACCUGGUGACCGACCUGCGCAAGGGCGUGGGGCUGUCCAACACCAAGGCCGUCAAGCAGACCAAAAUAAUGCCUAAGAAGGUGGUGAGGCUGAUUGCGAAGGGGAGGGGAUUCCUCGACAACGUCACCAUCUCGGCCACCGCACACAUGGCGGCUUUCUUCGCGGCGAGCAACUGGCUGGUGAGGAACCAGGACGAGCGGGGCGGCUGGCCCAUCAUGGUGACCAGGAAGCUUGGGGAAGGCUUCAGGUCCUUGGACCCGGGCUGGUACUCGGCCAUGGCGCAGGGCCAGGCCAUCUCCACGCUGGUGCGGGCCUACCUGCUGACCAAGGAGCACGCCUUCCUCAGCGCCGCACUGCGGGCCACUGCGCCCUACAAGCUGCCGUCAGAGCAGCACGGGGUGAAGGCUGUGUUCAUGAACAGGCACGACUGGUACGAGGAGUACCCCACCUCGCCCAGCUCCUUUGUGCUCAACGGCUUCAUGUACUCGCUCAUUGGCCUCUACGACCUGAAGGAGACCGCGGGGGAGAAGCUGGGCAAGGAGGCACGGCUGCUGUAUGAGCGUGGCAUGGAGUCCCUGAAGGCCAUGCUGCCUCUCUACGACACCGGCUCCGGGACCAUCUACGACCUGCGGCACUUCAUGCUGGGCACCGCUCCCAACCUGGCGCGCUGGGACUACCACACCACCCACAUCAACCAGCUCCAGCUGCUCAGCACCAUCGAUGAGGCCCCGAUUUUUAAAGAGUUUGUCAGGAGGUGGAAGAGCUACCUGCGGGGCGGCAGGGCAAAGCACAACUAGAGCUGACAACCAAAGCCCUCGUGCCCGCUGGCGGCGAAGGUUCGGGCUUCUGGAGCUCGGCGAGGGGACACCUGAAAAGGUCGCAUCCUAAAUUCGUUUUGAAGAAGUGAUCCUUAAAACUGAUCUCCUGAAAUAAUUGCAUUCCAGUGUGAAAACCUUUGGGUCUGAUGGGCAGGAAUCGGGGACUUCAGCUCGCUCUCUAUAGCACUCCACCGUGACGUUACCCGCACGAAGCAAAACCCAUCUGUGCUCUGAGCUGGGGGACGAUUUUGUUUUUGCUUUUUGCAGAAAGAAAUUUACGGAAGCCAUACAGGUCUCUAAAGUCCAGCACUUGCCUGACAAGUUAGUAUGUGGCCUCUUUGGAAAUGGAGCUAUUUGUGUAUAUGUUGGAACAGCGUCGCCGGUGGUGUGGUGUAAUGCUGUAAACGUGUGUUUCCUUGUAGCCUGGGUAGUGGACAGCGUAGCUUUUUCAAGGUGUUCCUUUCUGUAUGGAUUCCCUCCCUGGGGUGACCGGCCUUUUUUAUUCUCUGUCUGGAGGUCCUGUAGCCGUAUGGCUUUGCGUCGCACCACGUAAGCACAAGUUGGUGGCUCACGGAUGGCCCAGCGCUGCGGCUGCACCAGCCCUGACCCGGGAGCCAGGCACACGUGGGGUGCUGGCAGCUGGCAGCACUUCCCCCCCAGCAGCUGGAGUCUCUUCUCGUGGAGCCCGAUGUUCUGUUCUGUAUUUUUUCAUCACAUCUGACAGGUUUCUGUAAGCGUUGGCUUGGUUCUGUAGGAGACCCGUGUUGAAUUCCUGUGUGGCGUGGAGCUGGUUUUGAGUAGCGUGCAGGAAAUGUAAUUUGGGCACUGUCCUAUGGGGGUUUUCGUUUUUUAACCUGCUUUCCCAAGAUCCAGCACUUGAAAAAUGACAAUCAGCCCAUAGGGCUCUGCAGCUCCGUCUGUGCUUUAGCACUGCUUGGCCUUUGCUGCCCGACACCAGUCAUCAAACAGAACUCCAGCACUUCCACUGUGCUGGCAGCACGCAGAGGAGCAGAUGGUCUGCAUCUCGCCUUUGUGAGCCCAUACCCACACCACGGGUCUGCCUUCACAGUGUGGAGGUUUCUGGUGGAUCUGGAAGGGUAAAAGCGAUGGCAUCAUCGGAUGGCAAUGGUGUGGUUUGGUAGCACAGCAAGCACCAGCUCGUCAGCUCUGUGCAGGCUUGCUGGGCUUUGCUCUCCCAUCCCAUCCAGGCACGAAAGCUCCCAACACGUCCUGGCGUGCUGUGAUCAUGUAUGGCUGCGGGGCUUUUCCACUGAUCCCAUGACAUGCUGCAGGUGUCGGUGUGCUUUGGCUUAAGGUGCUCCUACAGAGGACAGAGCUGCUUCAGGCUGCAGAGAGGCUGGGCACGAGGACUGCGUGCAUCUUGGCUUUUGUUUGCUUUUCUUGCUUUUUCAGUGCUUUUUUCUUGCAGAUAUUUGAAGCGACUUUGUAAUUACUUGAUCUCUGCAAACGCGUGCUGUGUGAUCGUACCAGCUAAUGUGAAAAGCAGACAUCGCGGGAGAAAUCUCGAUACCAAAGUUAGCAGAGCUGAUUUCUAUUUUUAGUGUUGUUGUUUUUGUGUUUUUUGUUAUUUUUUUUAACACGUGUGCACAGAGAAAACAACCCAAACGACGUGCUUCCUUCCAGCGACGGUCCUCGCUGCAAGCAGAGCAUCUCCCCCUGUGCAUCCCCUCCGGUUUUUGCCCGUUUUGGAUUUGGGGAAGCGAGAGACACUUCCAGGGCGCUGCUCUGCAGCGGUGCCGGUGCCUUACCGAGGCCACCGUGCCCUCUUUUUUAUUAUUAUUUAAUUGCUUUCUUCUUGUUUUUCAAUAUCGGGUUGAUAAUGGCAGUGAUGGUUGUGUUGGGGUGGGUCGGCCACGGAGCGUUGGUGGCAACGCCGCCGCUCUGGGCAACGCCGUGUCCUUAAUACCCGCGCUGCGUUCCUGUUGGCCGUGGCACUUGUGUCACUUCAUCCCACCGCCCCCAGGGGCCGUGGGGCCACAGGGAUUCGGUGUGAGGGCUCCUCUUGGGGUCGUGUUUUCCAUACAGAGCUGGGAGGGAAUGGUGGGACGUGGGCGCCCAUCGCUUGACUGAAGUCAGUCGCUUUGAUCCCUGCGCUUUCCCGGUGGUCAACAUGAGGAAGGUCCUGGGGACUCAGAUCAGCUCGACGUCCCCAUGAUGCUCGCUGUGCACAGAGCCGACUGGAGGCGUGCUGCAUGGCACACCAGUGACACACAAGCACAACCGUCCGCGUGUGGCCGUGCUGUUUUCUCAGCCAUUGUGCAAGACAUUCACCAAAAGCUGCUAUUUCCCUUCACCUUGUAAUUGUACUUUAUUUUUUCUACAUUUUUACAUGUGGGGUAUACACGCCAUGUGUUAAAUAUGCAAUAAAUUGUUUACAGGAUGCUCUUGUAAAGGGUGGUCCUUUGUAAAGCUGUACAGACUUUGCAGUUUAAGCACAAUGUGCACAUGUUAGUUUUAUAUACGGCGAGACGUGACUUUUUGCAGAGGGAAAGGUUCUACUAUGUUUAUAUACAAAGUAAAUGGAUCAAUGUUUGUGCUUCAUGUAAAGCUGCUUUAUAAGAUUGUAAAAUAAAUUUCUUUUUUUUUUUAUCUUAAGGUAAA